GUAGAAGGCAAUCGACGGCUUUGACAGUUUGACUAUGCAUAGUACUGACAACAUUCCGGACAAAAAAUAUUAAACAAAAUUUGAAUUUGUACGGUGAAAAUAGGUUAGCUAAAUGUAACAAGUCGUUUACACUAUUACUAUUUUCAAAAUAUUUUGAACAGAAAUGGCAAAAUACAUGGAAAUAACAACAACUUCCUACUGUCAUUGAAUAUCAUUUUUGCGCCACGUCGUUUGCGCUUCUGUAGCAUGUGGACCAAUCAACAUCAAACACAUCCAACCAAAACAACUGUGCCGUGCGGGAGGAUGGCAUCUGCGGGUGUGUGUCUUCUGCUAUGUGUAAAUUUGUUUUUAAAUGUACUGAUAGUGCUGGCAGGACGUGAUUUUUACAACAUAUUGGGAGUAUCACGAAGUGCAAACUUAAAUCAAAUAAAGAAGGCGUAUCGCCGUUUGGCGAAGGAGCUCCAUCCGGAUAAAAAUCCUGAUGACCCUGAUGCUUCACAAAAGUUUCAAGACCUUGGUGCCGCGUACGAAGUUCUCUCAGAUGAAGAGAAGAGGCGGAAAUACGACCAGUGUGGCGAAGAGUGUUUGAAGAAGGAUGGCAUGAUGAAUGGCGCCGAUCCAUUUGCAAGCUUUUUUGGGGAUUUUGGGUUUUUUGGAGGAGGCUCUAGCAACCAGCAAGAAACACCUAAAGGUGCUACCAUUAUUAUGGAUUUGUAUGUGACAUUGGAAGAACUAUAUAGUGGAAAUUUCGUGGAAAUUACCAGGAAUAAACCUGUUAUGAAACCAGCUAGAGGGACAAGACAAUGUAAUUGUCGCCAGGAGAUGGUCACCAGGCAUCUUGGACCUGGAAGGUUUCAGAUGAUGCAACAGACUGUCUGCGAUGAAUGCCCAAAUGUUAAGUUGGUUAAUGAGGAACGAACUCUGGAGAUUGAAAUUGAACCUGGAAUGGUUGAUGGGCAAGAAACUAGGUUUGUAGCUGAAGGAGAACCUCACCUUGAUGGUGAACCAGGUGAUUUAAUUUUGAAAAUCAAUACAAUGCCUCAUCCAGUAUUUGAACGUCGAGGUGAUGAUCUGUACACAAAUGUUACACUAUCACUGCAAGAUGCCUUGGUGGGAUUUUCAAUGGACAUUGAGCAUCUUGAUGGCCAUAAAGUACAGAUAACAAGAGAUAAAAUAACGUGGCCUGGAGCAAGAAUUCGCAAGAAAGGAGAAGGAAUGCCAAAUUAUGAAAAUAACAAUUUGCAUGGGACAUUGUAUAUAACAUUUGAUAUUGAAUUCCCGAAGACAGAGUUAUCAGAACAACAGAGAGAAGAUAUAAAGAGAAUAUUGAACCAAAAUUCAAAUAACAAAGUGUACAAUGGUCUCCGUGGAUUUUGAUGAUAAAUCUGCAGCUAUUGUAAUUGAAUCAAAGGCAUUGUGAAAAUGCUUUACUGUACAUAUUUUCAAGAAAUAAUGACAAUUGUGUGAGAAUCUUGUCAAUGAAAGUGUGGAGUGUGUGAAUAAAACAUGGAAAGUAUUUUGAAUAUUGUGAACUUCAUGUACCAGUGUUACAUACCAUGCGUAUUGAUGUGAUACUUUAUGUAUAGGACCUAAACAGCUGCAAGAUACUUGUGUACAUUUGUAAUUUGCGUGUGCCAAGUAGUGUGCUGUAUACAAUAUGUUCCUUACAGACAAUGGGAUUUCAUUUUGAGAACUUGUUUAGCUUCACAGUGGAGCUUGGUAAAUGUGGAUUCAUUGAAGCAUGAUGCUCCUGUUUGUUGUAGAGCACCGUAACUGAUAUUAGUUCUAUGUUUUUGCGGCAUGAAUUGCAGAAGUUUGUAGCUUAUUUAUUGUUAUGGAGCUGUCAGAAAUGUUUGAAGUGAAAUUGUUGGGUAUUUGUGUUAAAGCAGCUAUGUACCAAGUCAUUUGAAUGGGAGAUGUUUCUGAUAUAAUAUUACUUCAGUCUUGCAAAUUUUUGCAACAGUUGUUGCAAUCAUUAAAUGGAGACCCAUCAUUUAGUACAUUUUCACAUUCCCAAAUACCUUCACAAUUUUAAAUGUACAAGAGUGUUUCACUUUCUGUUGAAGAAUCCCUUUGUACCUGACUGUGUGUUUGCUUACAUUAAUUUAACAGUCAUAUUUAUGAAAAGGUGCUUUGUGAAGAAUUUUGUAGUAAGUGUGAAAUUUCACAACAUAACACAGUUAUGAGUGUAAUUGUUUUAGAAAUGAAAGUUAUAAUGCUGCAAAUAUGUUUAAAUAAUCUAUAAAUCAAUUUAUAGUUGCUGUUUUGAAAUUUUCAUACAGAAUUUAUAAUUUUGAUUUCUAACUCUGUAUUUUGUUGCUUCCAUUGCAUACUGCCUUUGAGGAUUAUUUAUUAUAGUUCCUGCAGUUUUGUGAGACAAGCCUGCUCUUUAUUACACACAAAUAAGUUACUGCCACAGACUGAUAUGCCAUACUAGAUCUCCUUAACGACUGGAUCCCUAUACCAUAUAUACACAAUUUUUUGUUGUAUUAUUGUACUGGAGAGAGAGAGAGAGAGAGAGAGAGAGAGAGAGAGAGAGAGAGAGAGAGAGAGAGAGAGGUUUUUUGAGCCUAAUUGGAGAUUAUGCUCCAAUCAAACAUUUCCUAGGUCACACCACUGAAAUUAAACUAUUUAUGUUUGAAAAAUGUAUGAACGUGUGCAUCGACAGUAUGAAUAAACAUGACAUUUACUGUUAUAUUGAA